CGUGGCUCCAAGUUCCUCAAAUGUUUCUCUGCAGUCCAGGCGCCCAGCAAAGGCUGAAGGAGGACUCAGGAGGUGCUGGCAGGAGUCCCAAGGCCGCCGGGCAUCGCCGUGGCAUCAUGUGGCUGGCUGGUGCCACCCUGAUCGCCCACAUACUGGCAGCCGUGGCUGGCUUCACGCCCUCCACCUUGCCCUGCGUGCAACCAGCUCCACCCACUGGCACCAUCGUUGCCCUGCCAGGCUCCAACGUCACCCUGCCCUGCCUGGAAGGAGAGCUGGGCAACCACACGCCGGUGUUUUGGAAGUUCGAAAAACGGCCCGUCUCUUCUUCUUCUUCGCCCCCUGCGGAGUGGGACACCUCAAGGACUAGCCUUUUCCUUCCCUCCGUCCAUCGCAACCACUCGGGGUCCUACAGCUGCUCCCAGGACAGCCGGGUCCUCGGUGCCCACCGCUUGAUCGUGGAAGAGCCUCCCAAGGCCCCGGACUUCACCUGUUUCCGCCGGAGUUUAGUCAAGGAUAUUCUCUGCGAGUGGAGAACGUUUUUCCCGGUGUCUCCACACACCAAAGCCAGACUCUGGGUGCAAAGGUUCAUAGGGGGAAACCACACGGAGCAGCAAUGCCGCUAUUACAGCCGGUCCGGGAAAUUCCUCUGCCGCGUUCAAGGGCUGAACAACGAGGAGGAUGGGCUGCUGCUGGUCUCCGUCUGUGUGGCCAAUCUCGCAGGGACGGCACGGAGCCACAGAUCCUUCCACGCUGAUGUUUUGUUGAAGCCGGAUCCCCCGGCCAACGUGCAGGUCCGCCCCCUGGAGAAAGAACCCCACAAGCUCCACGUCACCUGGAGGAACCCCAAUUCCUGGGGAUCCAAGUAUUACCACCUCCAGUUCCAGCUGCGCUACUGGGUGGAAAACUCCAAAACCUUCUCUGAGGUCCAUGUCAAUCAUGGGGUGACAUCCUACACCAUCGUGGAUGCCCUGCAAAAUUUACCCCACAUCAUUCAGGUCCGGGGACGGGAAGAAUUUGACCAUGGAAACUGGAGUGAGUGGAGCCGGGAAAACGUGGGCAUCCCGUGGUCAGAUUGUCAAGAUUGCAAGCCAGAAACAACCCACCACCCUUCAGAGGUCCCGUUCGAUCCAGAUUUAUUCAGCACCUUCAGACCUACAAUCUCUGAAACCUCCAGCCACAGCGAGAAGCCGCUGGUUGUAGAGGAGGAGGAGGCUGUCGGGGUGCCGCUGCACGUCUUUCUUAUCAUGGCAGUCAGCAUCACGCUGGGCCUGGCCCUGGCGGUGGGGGUCCUCACCCGGGGCGCUUGGCAUUCCAGGUACCACAAGAAGUGGGGGAUCCUGCCGUUUGGUGAGAUGAAACCCAACCCCGUGCCCCCCUCCUACGCGCUGACCCCGAUGUCUCCGGAGCCCCCCAUGAGCGCCUCUCCUCUCCUCUCCCCUCCCACCUCACCUCUCAGUGAGAGCUCCAUCGACAGCCCGCGGACCCCCGACCAGGGUCCCUACGACGUCUCCAACGCGGACUAUUUCUUGCUGCCCAAGUGAAGGGCCCAACGGCGAGAAGACCCUGGGGAGCCACAAUGCUCCGUGGUUGGCCUCAAGACAGGGGUGUCCCAGAACCCCCCCCCAAAAUGCUUUUGGGGGCAGCCUUUGCGAUCUUUUGCAAAGGAUUUCUUCCCCAAGGCCUUAGGAGGGUCCAGAUGUCCUCAAAAAGUCCCUUCUUUCUGGACCACGAAUGGGCGUCUUUGACAGAGGUUGGAUUGUCUCUCCAGCCAUGUUCGGAUGAUGCCUCUCCUCUGCCUGCAAGUGAUGGGAAAGGGCAAGCUGUGGAUGAUGGUUUCCGGGCCAAGGGAUGUCUCCCACAAUGCCUUGCAAACACAACCAAACAGCUAAGAAGAUUUGGCUCCUUUGCUAGAUAUAAUCCCUUUCAACCUGAUCUCCAGAUCCGGUCAGUUUCACUGCCUUUUCUCCACCUGGUUAGGUUUUUGGUUUUUUUCCUCCAGUUCCCUGUUUUCCAAACCGUGUCCAUUUCCACUGUUUUUUCCCCCAAACUUCCCAAUUUCUGCCUGACGACGCACAGACCCGAAAUAACCUCUUUCCCUUGCUUUUAAAGUGUUUUCCCCUAAAAGCACUUUUUUUUUAAUGCAUUCAUCCAAUUGGACACGUUUCACUCAUCCUACCUCGGUCUGGGAACUUUGUAGCUUUCUACUGGAGAUUUCCAGUCCCCCCCCUUUUUUUGCCUUAAAAUAGGCCUUUUUGGACCGGUUUGUGUUGGAUACGGAGACAGGCCAUUCAGCUCGUUCUUUAAUCCAAAAGUCAUUUUUUUAUAUCUUUUUCAGCAGGGGAAGAGAAAAAAAAAACAAAGAUUUUUUGCAAAAGGUGAAAGUCUGGAAGAACAGAUAUCUACUGGCUUUCAAAUUCAACACAAACACAGCUGGUUUUUUUGCUUACAGGUGUGAAGAAGCAGAUGUUGGCACCUGCCAGUUGACUUUACUGGUCUUCUAACCACCCAAGGAGAAAUUUUAUUUUUUUCCCCUUUAACGGAAACUUUGGGGUUCAGACAGUACCAUUUUUAGAGGUCCUGGCACAAAUAUUCGAGAUUUGGGACGCAAAUCCAGACUCUCGGUUUGAGGUUUCCAGUUGCCACCCUUGAUGCUCUUUUUCACCGAGUUAUGGAUUUUUGUGCACAGCAAAGAAACAUAGAGGUGCAUGGAUUUGGGGAGGGCUGAACGGCCCCCACCUCUUUAUUGCAAAAAAAGACUUGGGGGGGGAUGGACCCCCCUUCAAAUAGCUUUGGAUCAUAAGGCCGAGUUCUCGUGUUGCAACUCUUGUUAUUUUUAAUUUUAUGGGGAGUUGGUUGGGUUUUUUUUGCUGCUGCUGCUCCUGUUGGUUCUGCAAAACAGCUAUUGGGUGUGCUUGUGUGUGUGUGUGUGUGUAUCUUUCCUUUGUUUUUUUCCCCCAAAGGUCAGAGCGUGGGCAUUCGGCAGUUGUUUAUUCUGCUUUUUUUUUUUGGAGUGCCAGUUGUAAAUUUGGACUUUGUGAAUCCGAGGGGAGGACGUCUGCCUCCAACAUGAAAAGAGUCCUCGGCUUACGGCGACAAGUGAGCUCAAAGAUUCUGUCGCUAAGUGAGACAUUGGUUGAGGUUUGCCCCGUUUUACAACUUCCUUGCCACCGUUGUUCAGGGAAUCCCGGCAGCUAUAAAGUUAGUAACGUUGUUAAGUGACUUUGCUUGUCGGAAGAUCGCAAAAGGAGAUCGCGUGAUCCCCCCCCAGGAGGAUGCUACGACCGUCACAAAUACGAGUCAGCUGCACAGCACCUGAAUGUUGAUCACGUGACCCACGGAGAAGACUGCAACGGGUCGUAAGUGUGAAAAACGGUCACACGUCCCUUUUCCAGUGAUGUCGUAAAUUUGAACGGUCACUACACAAACGGUUGUAAGUUGGGGACCACUGAUACAGUGGAUGGAGGAGAAGAUCCAGGAAUUGAGGAAGUACAAUCGGAUCAGUUAUUCCUUUGUGGGAAAGAGAGGAAAAGCUGUCGCCGGUCAGAGAUGCAAAACUUGACAAGAGGCCUCCGUUGUUGUUGUUGUUGUUAUUGCAAAGUCACUCUAAAAACUGUGUUAAGUUUGGAGUUUGAGUUAAAAAACUUUCAGCUGCAUUUUUCCCUCUAAGUGAAUAAAUGCAUCAGGUGCUA